AUGCCUCAAUGUUUUUUUAAACUCUCUCAACUAAUUCUUAAAGGAAAUGUAUGCAGAGAUAAGUUUGGAGAAUUUGUAUGUGGAUACUGGGGCUUAAAGGGUUAUUUAAUUUACAGUGCUCUCAUUAUGAGCAUUUAACUCCUCAUCAGUCACAUUUACCUUCAGACUUAUUUUAAAAAAUUCUGCUUGGUAAAACCCUACCCUCUCCUUCUUUGAAUUCAUAAUAACCCCUGAUGAGGUGGGUAUAGAUAAUUUUGUUUGGAUUGGAAGAAAUAUUUCUAGAAAUCUAAGAUCAUUUGUUCCUUAAUUUAUAUCAGAAAUCCUUAAUUUCGCAGUGGUUUUCAUACUAAUGUGUACUUUCAAGGAACGAGUAACAGAAGUGUUACUGAUAACUACACAUCUGCGGGAGACUUGA